AUGGCUACAGUCAAUAUUUCUUUUGGCACUGUUGGAAUCCAGUAUGCACUUGGGGGAAUCUGCUCGGAUGUGGGGUUCUGCCUGCUGGCAACCACCAACAUGGAUGCGGCCACCAUAUUCAGAUCCCAUCACCGCACUGUUCAAUGCAUUUACAGUAAAGAAAGGGCAAUUUAUGCAGCGCUCUCAUCAAGAAAUUGUGCCCCAGUGUGUGCUGGCGUGUUCAUCAAAGAGAUGUACUUGAUCAUCCAGCUGCGAAAUGGGUCACCACAGGGCACACAUUGGAAUUUGUGGAUGGAGUCUGUGUGGACGCAAUCGGAUGGCAGACUGUACUGUGCAAAAUGUUCAGUGAGCCUGUGGGGACGACUGGACAGGAUGGACACUGUUCCCAUGGGCUAG